AUGGAAGCAUACCAACUGCACACACUGGAGAUCAGCAGCAAGAUAUUCCGGGAUGAAGAAACCCUACUUCAAUACAUGACCUCUGACACGCGAGCGCUGGCAUCCGUCUUCACUGUAUUCAACCUCAAGGCCUCACUAGAGACACUCAAGACGGCGCGAUGUAGCAAGACAUCAAUGACUGUGAUCAAGCGAUGUACCAUUACUCUGCCGGCAGAGCAUCUUGAGCACCUGCUCGAGCUUUCUGACGAAGCGGAGUCCUGCUUUGGACGACUGAAUUGGUACUGCAUUACUGGAAGGACUCGUCAAUCUACAUUCUUUGCAGUCAGCACGUACACAGCUGACGCGAAGCAAGAGCUUGAUCAAUUUGCCAGCUCCCUUUCUGCGGACUUCAACGGGAAGACCGUGUCCGUUCAGGCUGCGUCCGCUUUCGAGAUGGGAUCAACGCACGUAUCUGGCAGCAUCAGAGAGACCCAUGAAAUCUUAGUCAUAGGAUGCAGCUCACGCAAUCUGCAGCACCGAUAUCAUACGAUCGACAUACAGAAAGCUUGGGUUGAUUUCCUUGAGCACUACACGCCAAUACCAGUGCUUGCACACCUUACACACUAUGCCAACAUCGAUAUCAGGAUCCCACAUCCCGAAGGACCGCUUUCUAUCACAGAAGACUUCCGCAAUGCAGCUGAGCUCGCUCAACUUCUUCAGAUCGCAGCUCGGUCUAAUCGUCUGGUCGGUGCCCGGACUUUCGAAAGUUCAGUCGAGUCGGCAAUCUUGAGACUAGCUGAUCUCCACGUCUACGCCGAAGGCAGUGACAAGGGCCUUCAGCAGUGCGUGGCGACCCUGAAGAACGUCCGGAAGGAGUUGACCGGAGUGUGGGACCAGCGGCGAAAGUUGGCAGAAGUGAUGACCGAAACAGAGAGUCAAAUCGAGACGUGGCCACUGUAA